GCGGCCGUUUAACCCCGCUAAGCACCCCACGCGACAUCCAAAAGUUCGCGACGUGGAGUCUCGAAAACAGACAAAGCCAUGGCCAUGCCAAAUAGCAUAGAGCAGCUCUUCACUGAGCUGCUCUCAAUCUGGCACACCCACCGGGUGUCGCUUCUCGUAGCUGCCGUCGCGCUCGCUCUGAUUGUGCGCCUAACGAGACAAUCCCGCAAUGCCCGAGAGAAGGUGUCGGUCUCGCCCACGCCGGCGUCGCCAAUUGAAGAGAAGAAGACUGUCGAGCUCAGGCCCGAGUGGCUCCCCGAGAACACGACCAUCGUCACGCCCGCACUGAAUGUCGACAACCACGCCGAAGAGGAUGUGAGCGUCGUGGCCGCACCCCCAAAAGCGAAGAGGAUACCGAAGACCGUGAAGGGCAAGAAAGUGCCGAAGAAGGUCGCGAAGCCGGUCAUCGACUACAGCCACACGACGGACAAGAUCCAGAUCCUGGUCUUCUUCCAGUCCGUCACCGGCACGACCGAGAAGCGUGCCGCGCAGGUCCUGGACCUCCUGACUGCCUGGACGACUGGCUGCGAUCAGUCCGCUUCUUUCCUCAAGCCCGAGCUCCUCGAUCUCUCCGACAUCGACUACGACGACUACUUCAUCAGCGCCCCGAAGGCCGGCGCAAACACGAAGUUCUUCUACCUGAUCCUGGCCCCGACCUACAACAUCGACACGCUGCUGGAUGCGUUUAUUGAGAACCUCAGCGAGACGCACAAUGACUUCAGGAUCGACACGGCGUCGCUGAGUGGUCUGCUCGGAUACUCGGUGUUCGGCUUUGGCGACAAGGAGGGAUGGCCGUCGGAAGAGGAGGGCUUCUGCACGCAGGCGAAGGAUGUUGAUAAAUGGAUGGCGCGGCUGACAGGUCGAAAGCGUGCAUACCCGCUGGGCAUGGGCGACGUGAAGAGCGACGCGGAGAGCCGGCUGACCGAGUGGCGUCUGGGUGUCCAGGAAGCGCUCGUUGAGAUCGCCGAGGGUCGCGGACUGGGCGACGGCGUGCUCGGCAGCGGCGACGCGGUUGAGAGUGACGAGGAAGAUGUGGACGACAGCGGCGAGGAAGCGCCGCGCGUGGACGAUGUUGAGGAUCUGGGGGGCAUGGCCAGUGGUGCUGCACCUGUCCCGGUCGACUUCACAAACUACAAGGGCAAGCCCAAGGUCAACGCGCUCAGCGCGCCCAAGCAGAUGGUCCCCACCACAUCUCCCACACACGCCGCUCUCACAAAGCAGGGCUACUCGAUCAUCGGCAGCCACAGCGGCGUGAAGAUCUGCCGGUGGACCAAGUCUGCCCUGCGCGGCCGCGGGUCGUGCUACAAGUACUCGUUCUACGGCAUUGCAUCGCAUCUCUGCAUGGAGGCCACACCCUCGCUGUCCUGCUCGAACAAGUGCGUGUUCUGCUGGCGCCACGGCACGAACCCCGUAGGCACAACCUGGCGAUGGGUCACGGACGCGCCUGAUGUCAUCUUCGACGGCAUCACCGCCGCGCACUACAAGAAGAUCAAGAUGAUGAAGGGCGUCCCGGGCGUGCGCGCCGAGCGCUUCGCAGAAGCCAUGCGCAUCCGGCACUGCGCGCUGUCGCUCGUCGGCGAGCCCAUCUUCUACCCGCACAUCAACGACCUCCUCCGCAUCAUGCACGCGAACCGAAUCUCGACCUUCCUCGUCUGCAACGCGCAGCACCCCGCGCAGCUCGCCUCCCUCAUCCCCGUCACCCAGCUCUACGUCUCCAUCGACGCGUCCAACAAGGAGUCCCUGCGCAAGGUCGACCGCCCGCUGCACCGCGACUACUGGGAGCGCUUCACCGCGUGCCUCGACAUCCUGCGCGCGCGCCGCUUCGAGCAGCGCACUGUGUUCCGGCUCACGCUGGUCAAGGGCUUCAACAUGGAGGAGGAAGUGCGCGGCUACGCGGACCUGGUCGAGCGCGCGCUGCCCGGCUUCGUCGAAGUCAAGGGCGUCACGUACUGCGGCACCAGCGCCGCGGGCUCCGCGGGCCUGACCAUGGAGAACGUGCCCUUCUACGAGGAAGUCGCGGAAUUCGUCACACUCCUCGAAUCCGAGCUCAACGCGCGCGGCCUGCACUACGGCAUCGCCGCCGAGCACGCGCACUCGUGCUGCAUCCUGCUCGCGGACAGCACGCGGUUCCAGCGCGCCGGGCGCUGGGCCACGCGCAUCGACUUUGAGCGCUUCUUCGAGCUGUACGAGGGGAAUGUGCAGGGGUCGCGCAUAGAAGACGGGCAGGUCGUGGGCUGGCAACCCGAGGACUACAUCGGCCCUGACACGCCCGAGUGGGCGCUGUGGGGGAACAAAGGGUUUGAUCCGAGGGAUCAGCGGGUUGAUCGCAAGGGCCGGCCCCGCACGGAGGAGGAGGUCAGGGCGAGUCCGAUGGAGCGGGCGGCGGCGCGGAAGGCGGCGUUGGAGUUUUGAGGGGGGGGGUGGUCUGUAGCUUUGGAAGGUAUUAAGGUCGUGCAGAGUUGAGGUGUGUAGGGUUGGACUUCACGCCGACACAAGCUAGCCCUGUGUAAGACAUUGAACUUCACGCAGCCAUAAGCUAGCUCUGUGUAAGACAUUGAGCUUUCGCGCAUACACCAGCCGUUCCGUGCAGACGUUGAGCUCGAGCAGACGUUGAGCUCAAGCAGCCCUCGAACGCCCUGCGACCACGAGCUACCGUCGUCUGUGUAAGACAUUCAAUUCGCACAUGCACGAGCCGUUCCACACCAUCAUUGAUCUUCCAUACACAACCGCUGGUCUAGACGAGCGUUCUGCAACCAUCAAUCCAACUGACCUCCUCGGUGCAGACCAGCCAUAGACCCUUUUCCAUGCA